CGUUGCUUUACGGCUCUCAGUGCCCCAUGCUGGAGGAGGCGUGGUACUGAAGCUUAACAUGGCAAGCCCUUUCCUGUGGAGGUUUGUUGCAUUUACUCAGAGACACAGAAGUAGGCUACUUGCAAUCUCUUCAGUCGGCCUCUUUGCGGUUAACAUAACUUACCACGUGUUCCCAGAACAAACCUUCAGAGCUCUGUAUCAGGGUUGGUAUAAAGGUCAGCCUGCAGAGCUCACAGAAAAUUUGCAGAACCGUUUCCAGGAAGUCCUUCAGGAUUUGCAAGUUAGGUCAUCCACUGAUUAUACUCCAUUUGCAGCCUUUGGAUUUCAUCCUGUAAGUGCAGGUAUCCCCUGGCUCCCAAGUGGUUGUUUAAUUGGCAUUCCUGCUAAUUAUAGCAACACACAGGAGAAUGGGGUGGGAAUUAUGGACAGAGUGCUAAUGAUAAAUGGAAAGGAAGUAGAUUGGAACAGUGAGCAUGGAACCUAUUUACAACAGGCCUUACAUUUUUCUGUAGAAGCUCAGAAAUUUUCUUUGGCCCGAGAAGUUGUGCAUGCCCAGAGCAACAGUCCUGUUAUACAGGCAUUUGUGGCUCCUUCUUGUUUUACUGGUGUCUGUCUCUCUGGUGUGGCAAUAAAACAGAUUCUAGGAUUGUAUUCUGGGCCAAUGAUAUUAAGAGGACUGCUCAAUAUUGGACUUGCUGUGAUUGGACUCGCUGGGUAUUUUCUAAGCUAUGAUGCAGUCAGUCAGUGGCUGGAUUACCAAUCUGACAAGAAGGUGGCCAGUAUUUCUAAAGCAUAUGCCCAUGGUGGAUUGGAGUUUUAUGAUAAAAUACUUGCACGUAACAGGACCUUGCGUUAUCUAAUGGGAGAGCAAGGAGAGAAAGUAUAUGCGCCAAGUGGCAACUUAUUUCCAAAAUAUUCUUUUUGGCUAAAGCAUGCCCCAUACACAUCCCGGAGAAACCGAAUACAGCAUUCUUUACAAAUGCAAAAGGAAUGAAGACAGAAUGAUCUAAGGGAAAACCACUGCACAAUGUUUUUUUGUUUUCUUUUAAAAGAAGCAGAGUUCCAGCCAGACUAUGAUUAAAACAAAGUGUACAUUUAAAGGACCGUUAUGGGUAAAACAGGCCAUGCUCUAAUUCAUUAGCCAGUGUAAUGUUGGCACUAGGGACCCUGCAACUGCUAAAAUGACAUGCUCUAAUGAGUUCAUGUGUGUAGUGUUUCCACUAAAAUGGCCUUUUAACAUCAGGAACAUUGAAGUGCACUUUGUACAUUGUAACAUUUUGAUGUUUUUAUGUCUACACUGUUUUACUUUCUCUAUAAACUUAAUGAGACAUUACCAGAGAUUCUAAAUAAAAUAUGAAACCAUUUGAUUAUAUAUCAAAUAUAACAAUUGUCUAGAUGUAAUAAAGUACAAGGGACGUCUCCCCUUUAAUGGAAA